AUGAUUAAGAAGAGAAGAUAUCAUAAAUAUAAUAAGGCUGAGAUGAGCAAGGAAUAUGAGUUUAAGGUGGGUUUAGAGUUCAAGUCACUUGGUCAGUUUAAAGAUGCUAUUAGAAAGCAUGCUUUGUUGAAUGGAAGGGAUAUUAGGUAUAUCAAGAAUGAUAAGGUUAGAGGUAGAGUGGGCUGCAGAGGGAAGAAAGGAAAGUGUAGGUGGAUGGCAUUUGCAUCCAAAGUUGGUGGUUCUGAUUGCUUUCGGCUGAAGACCCUUAAUAGAAAACACACUUGUGGACGAAAUUACAACGUCACAAAGGCUUAUUGGGCAAGGAGAAAAACGAGAGAAGUACAUGACAGGGCUAUUCUGCAAUAUGGCAAGCUGAGAGAUUACUGUGCAGAGAUUAUGAGGACAAAUCCCGGGUGUACCACUCAGAUUUUGUUUGACAGGCCUUCAAUUACACACCAGCUAAGGUUUAUGAAGAUGAACAUGUGUCUAGAUUCUGUUAAGCAAGGGUUCUUGGCUGGUUGCAAGCCUAUUAUAGGGGUAGAUGGCUACCACUUGAAGGGUGAUCAUAGCCAACAACUUAUGGUGGCUGUUGGAAGAGAUCCAAACGAUAAUUACUUCCCAAUUGCUGUUGCUAUUGUAGAGGCUGAAACCAGAGACAGUUGGGGUUGGUUUAUUAACCUUUUAUUGGAUGAUAUUGGAUAUGUUAGUAGAAGGAAGUGGAUAUUCAUGUCCGACCAACAAAAGGGUUUGAUGCAAGUUUUUCAAGAGAUGAUGCCGACUUUAAAGCAUAGACUAUGGUUGAGACAUUUGUAUGCCAAUUACAAGAAAGCAUAUGGUGGUGGGACUGUUUUGAGGGACCUAAUUCUAUCAAUAGAUAAAGCUAUAUAUGUGGAGGAAUGGGAGAGGAGCAUGACGCAGCAAUGCACAUCAAACCAACAAUAUGCAAAGCUAGCAGCAUUAGAUCCCAAGCUCUGGUGGAAGAGCAACUUCACUUUUCUUUCUAAAAGCGACAUGUUGAGAAUAAUAUUUCUGAAGCUUUCAAUGUGUUAUUGGAUGUCUCAAUUUGCUGAAAAAAAGAAGAAGGCCGAAAAAUAUGGCAGUACAAUCAUGCCUAAACCAAAAAAGAGGCUUGAUGUCAUUGCAACACGAGCUAUAGAGUGGCAAGCAAGAUGGGCUGGAGGACUGACAUACGAGGUUUCUCAUAAGAAUCGGAUGAUUGUAGAGAGGUUCGUGGUUGACUUAUUGGCUGGAACGUAUAGCUGCAAAUUUUGGGAAUUAUAUGGAAUGCCCUGCCCGCAUGCUUGUUGUGCCAUAUUUGAGAAAUGGGACAAUCUAGAAGAUUACUGCAGCAACUUCUAUAACCCAGCAGCCUAUGCUGCAACUUAUGGCAAGUUAGUUUCUCCAAUCAACGGAAAAAAUAUGUGGCCGAAAGUUGAGUGUGAUACCAUCAUGCCCCCCAUCCUUAGAGUGAAGCCAGGAAGACCACGGAUGGUGAGGAUCAGAGAACCUGAUGAGAACUGUUCUCAGACAAAGCUUAGGAGGAUGGGUACAUCUGUGACAUGCAACAACUGCAGACAAUAUGGACAUAAUAGAAGGCAUUGUCCCAAUCCAAUAGUGUCAGGUACCAAUAGUGGAAUAGGUUGUGAUAGUAUAUGA